GCGGAAGUGACGUUUCCCGCUCGUAGCUCCACUCUCAUGCCUGCUCGGUGAAUCUCUGCUGGGUUAACUCGGUCUGUUCUCCGUUAGAACCAUUAGCCUCUUCUCCGUUUUCUUCGUUACGUUCCUGCUACGUUUCACCGUUAACCGGUGUGAAUAUAAACCGACCACCUCCCCGCUGCUGGAUAAAUAACCGGGACAGCAGGAACAUGUCCACAGCCCUGGAGAGCUACAUCAACCGAACUGUGGCCAUCGUCACGUCAGACGGCAGGAUGAUCGUGGGUACACUGAAGGGCUUUGAUCAGACCAUCAACCUGAUUCUGGACGAAAGCCACGAGCGGGUCUUCAGCUCGAGUCAGGGGGUGGAGCAGGUGGUGCUGGGACUCUACAUCGUGAGGGGGGACAACGUGGCAGUGAUCGGGGAGAUCGACGAGGACACAGACUCCACGCUGGAUUUAGGAAAUAUCCGAGCCGAGCCGCUCAACUCUGUCGCCCACUGACACACACACACACACACACACACCUCUACGGCAGCAGACCCAGCUUUGUUGCAGGAGCCCGUUCCCUGACGAGGUUUAAACGUGUUAUCUGAACAUGUCCUCAGUGAGCCCCCCCCCCCGCUCACUGGCUCCUGCAGAGACGUUCCUGUUUAUGUUUUUUAUAACGAGUUGCCGCAGUUGUUAGAUUUAACUUUUUUAUUCCUCUGGUGAGUGUUUGUCAGAUUGUUCAAUAAAGUUUCAUUUCCAUA